CACUGAAAUCCUUACUGGAAGAAAAAAGACCAAGAAAUAAUCUGAUAGAUCGACAUCUCAAGUAUAUAAAGCGUAGACAUAUAAAGAUACUUUUUAUAUAUAGAUACUUUAUAGAUAUAUCUUACAGUCAUUGUUAUACAAACUGCACACACACACGCAUACACACACAAUAUCAGACAAAUUGAACUGCUAAGAUAAAAUGUGAAACCGCGAAUCAAACAUCCAGUUUUUUGACCCCGUGAACUCUACAAACUUUUAAAACGUCAAACGUAUCUGGAAGACAUUCAGGAAACUUGCCUUUAUACUUAAAUAAACACAAUGCUUCUAAAUCAUAUUAAGUCAAAAGAUUUAUUUUCCAAUUAUUCAGAUGAGAAAGGAGAAUCGGGGUUUAGCAGUCAGAAUUCCCUAUUACAAAACUCUGAAAAUGACAAUUAUUCUCAGGACUUCCUUUCUGAACAAUAUCCAAGUCAGAGUAUGAGGAUGUACCAGAAAUAUAUGUGUGAGCCUCCUUUGUACAAAGCUUCUAGUCAAAUAGAACUAUCAAAUAAAACAAUCCCUGUUUGUAAUCCAUUGGAACACAACAGAAUGAAACCAAAGAAUCAAGAUGAUCGCCCCCUCAUUAAUACCAUUGUAAAUAUUAUGAAGGAGUCUUCAAAUGAGACAAAAGAAACACUAGAAGAAAUGUUGGAAAACAUAAACAAGUUUUUGAGUAAAAAUGAAACUUUGAAUCAGUCAAAUCUGGAACAAUUUAACCAAGAACUCAAAGAGUUUCAGCAGACAAUGUUACAGACUGUGGAACAAAACAAGGAGAAAAGUGAGGACCUCCUUAAAAAAGACUAUGAAAUUGAAAAACUGAAUCAAGAGUUGAGUUGUUUAAAGCAUUAUUAUGCAAGCAGUGAGAAGCUGUUUUGUAACAAAAUUUCUGAAGAGUUUUCAGGUCAUCAGGGCUGGUUGAAGGAUAAUUUACAGAAAUUGAUUGCAAUUUUGAAACAAGAAUCAUCAAAUAAAAGCUCUUUUGUUCAUGAAGUGGAAGUUAUGAAAGGACAGAGUAAAGAAUUUUCACAGUUAAAAACAUUCUUGAUGAAAAAUUUUAAAGAUCUCGAAAAGAAAAUAUUAUCUUCAACAGAUGAUGUGCUACAUCAUUCUGCUAACACAUUGUUAAACUUCAGCAAAAGUGUCUCCUUAAGGUUUGAGCAAAUACUGAAGAAUUGUUCUAAAAACUUUGAGGACAGUAUACAAAAGCAGUUUGAAAGUAACGAGCAUUACCAAGAGGAAAAUAUUGAAAAUCUUAUCAGUCAGAACAUAAAGAAUAGUUACCAAGAUUUGCAAGAAAAAAUCAAUAGCAUGUGUGAAAUACAACAUGUCUCAUUUCAAAAAAUAUCAAAUGAACUUUAUCACAUAAAACAGAAAAUGGAUAUUCUAUCUCAAAACAUGACCAGUGAAAAUCAGAAAUUCAUUUCUGUAGUACCCUGUGAAAGAGACUUCAACAUCAAGCCUUAUAAUGCUGUUAACAAGAAGCAUAUUGACAAUGAUAAUCGAUUUUUUGAUAUACAAAACAACAAUGUAAAUAGUAAUAAUUCUUUGAAUGUGAUUCCUUAUAAUCCCGGUCAGUUAAGAAGGUCUCAAAGGAUCAUGUCUAACAACUAUAAUACACAAGCUCAGACAUCAAAUCUUUCGCAAGUGGUUGACUUGAAAAAUUCUCAGUUGGAAACAACUAAAAAAUUGCAAGAAUGUUCUCAACCAAAUUUGAAGAAUUUCCAAACUUUUCAAACUUCAAAUACUUCAUAUCUGAAUCCUGUUUGGAAGUUUGGCAAACAGUCAAAAGUCAUUAAUAGAAUGCCUAAUCAAGAAAAUGAAAAUGAAUAUUUUAAUACUCCAGAAUACAACUUUAAGAACAGGAUAUCAAAGAAAAGAAGGUUUAAUUAUUUGAUCAAUGAGGAAAAUGACACAUGUUUUGAUCAGUUACCUGAAUUAGAAAGCCAAGGAUCAUCUCCAGCUAUUUCAUUCAUGGAACUGAAUAUUCCAAAUACAACAAACAAUGAUGAAAUGGAAUAUAAUAGCAGUAUUUUCCACUUCAACCCAAAUUACAGUUUAAAGCUCCCAAUUCAAAUUCAUAAUAAUGGAAUUGGAUGGCGACAGACAGUCAUGGGAAUUGGUGAAAGCAGCAUAACCAAAGAUAGUUUAGAUUGUAAAAAUUUCAUUAAUUCAAAAAAGCCAAACCUCAACUUCUAG